UUUGUGUGUCAAAAGUUUUGUGCUUUUUAGCGAUGAGAGUUAAGCCUUAAAAUUGGUUUCAGAGAGGAAACAAGAAAGAGACAGAGUAGUCUCGGUGUUUAACAAGGCCUUGGAGGGAGGAUUUUUCUUUGCUCAAGGGAAGACAUCAGAACUGCAGAUAUCCAUGUACGGUUGAAGCCCUGAAGAAAAAUGAGCCGGAGAAAUCACUUCAAACACUUGCAGCUGAAUGUGAUCCUGAUUGGAAGAGCGAAGGAGACCAGAGAGGAAACCAAUACAACCAUUUAUAAGUGACUUCAAUGGGGACAGAAGAGGUAGGAUUGGGCAGAGAGGAUGGAUUGAAGAUGUGAAUGUGGCAGCAUGUCAGCUGAAACACCAGUCACACUGAAUAUUGAUCCUCAGGAUCUGCAGGUCCAAACAUUCACUGUAGAGAAGCUCCUGGAGCCACUCAUAAUCCAGGUUACUACACUUGUAAAUUGUCCCCAGAAUCCUUCCAACAGGAAAAAAGGACGUUCAAAAAGAGCCAGAGUCCUUCUAGCUUCUGUGGAGGAAGCAACUUGGAAUUUAUUAGACAAGGGAGAGAAGAUCGCCCAGGAAGCCACGGUUUUAAAGGAAGAGCUUACUACUUCCCUUGAGGAAGUUCGCAAAGAGAGUGAAGCUCUGAAAGCAUCAGCUGAGAGAUUUGCAGAUGACCCCUGUUAUCUCCCCAAAAGGGAGGCUGUGGUUCAAGCUGCCCGUGCCUUAUUGGCUGCAGUUACCAGACUCCUUAUCCUCGCAGACAUGAUAGAUGUCAUGUGUCUCUUGCAGCACGUGUCAGCAUUUCAAAGAACAUUUGAGUCUCUCAAAAAUGUUUCCAAUAAAUCUGACCUUCAGAAAACCUACCAGAAGCUUGGGAAGGAGCUGGAAAAUCUGGAUUAUUUAGCCUUCAAACGUCAGCAGGACUUAAAAUCUCCAAAUCAAAGGGAUGAAAUCGCAGGGGCCCGGGCCUCACUGAAGGAAAACUCCCCACUCUUGCAUUCAAUUUGCUCCGCUUGUUUGGAACAUUCUGAUGUUGCUUCCCUCAAAGCCAGCAAGGACACAGUUUGUGAAGAAAUUCACAAUGCUCUCAAUGUGAUUUCAAAUGCUUCACAAGGGAUCCAGAAUAUGCUUGCCCCACCAGAAUCUAAGGCAGCAACACUGGGAAGUGCCCUUGAUGAGCUUGAGAAUUUAAUUGUCUUGGAUCCACUCACAGUGACCGAGGAAGAAAUUAGACCAUCAUUAGAGAAACGGCUUGAAGCCAUUAUCAGUGGGGCUGCACUAUUGGCUGACUCUUCAUGCACUAGAGAUUUCCAUCGGGAACGGAUUAUUGCAGAAUGCAAUGCCAUUCGCCAGGCUCUCCAGGACCUGCUUUCAGAGUACAUGAACAAUACUGGAAAAAAGGAAAGGAGUAAUACCCUGAAUAUUGCAAUAGACAACAUGUGUAAGAAGACAAGAGACCUUCGCAGACAGCUCCGUAAGGCUAUUAUAGAUCAUGUGUCAGAUUCCUUUUUGGAUACGACAGUCCCGCUUUUGGUUCUCAUUGAAGCUGCGAAGAAUGGCCGGGAAAAGGAAAUAAAAGAAUAUGCUUCAAUAUUUCGUGAACACACCAACAGGCUUAUAGAGGUGGCAAAUCUUGCUUGUUCUAUGUCAACAAAUGAAGAUGGAAUUAAAAUUGUCAAAAUUGCGGCCGGUCACCUGGAAACCUUGUGUCCACAGAUCAUUAAUGCUGCACUUGCUUUGGCUGCAAGACCCAAAAGUCAAGUGGUCAAAAAAACCAUGGAAAUGUACAAGCACACGUGGGAAAAUCAUAUCCAUGUCCUCACUGAAGCUGUAGAUGACAUUACGAGCAUUGAUGACUUCCUUGCUGUAUCCGAAAGCCAUAUCCUAGAAGAUGUCAACAAGUGUAUCAUAGCGUUGAGAGACGAGGAUGCUGAUAAUUUAGACCGUGCUGCAGGUGCUAUCAGAGGACGGGCAGCAAGAGUUGCUCACAUUGUCACAGGUGAAAUGGACAGUUAUGAGCCAGGAGCUUACACUGAAGGUGUGAUGAGAAAUGUUAACUUGCUUACAAGUACCGCAAUUCCUGAGUUUGUAACACAAGUGAAUGUUGCCUUAGAAGCCUUAAGUAAAAACUCUUUGGAUGUAUUUGAUGAUGAUCAAUUUGUGGACAUCUCAAAGAAGAUCUAUGAUACAAUUCAUGAUAUCAGAUGUUCAGUCAUGAUGAUUCGGACCCCAGAGGAACUGGAGGAUGUUUCUGACUUGGAAGAGGAACAUGAGGUGCGCAGUCACACCAGCAUUCAGACCGAAGGAAAAACUGACCGGGCUAAGAUGACUCAGUUGCCUGAGGCAGAAAAGGAAAAGAUCGCUGAACAAGUUGCUGAUUUCAAGAAAGUAAAGAGUAAACUGGAUGCUGAGAUUGAGAUAUGGGAUGAUACCAGCAAUGAUAUCAUUGUUCUGGCCAAGAAGAUGUGUAUGAUUAUGAUGGAGAUGACAGACUUCACAAGGGGCAAAGGACCACUAAAGCAUACAACUGACGUGAUCUAUGCAGCUAAAAUGAUAUCAGAAUCAGGAUCAAGGAUGGAUGUCCUUGCUCGACAGAUUGCUAACCAGUGUCCAGAUCCAUCAUGCAAACAAGAUUUGUUGGCCUAUCUGGAACAGAUUAAAUUUUACUCUCACCAACUGAAAAUCUGCAGUCAAGUUAAAGCUGAGAUCCAGAACCUGGGAGGAGAGCUCAUCAUGUCUGCUUUGGACAGUGUCACCUCCCUGAUCCAAGCAGCCAAAAAUUUAAUGAAUGCUGUGGUGCAAACAGUGAAAAUGUCCUACAUUGCCUCGACCAAGAUCAUCCGAAUUCAGAGUCCUGCUGGGCCCCGGCACCCAGUUGUGAUGUGGAGAAUGAAGGCUCCGGCAAAAAAGCCCUUGAUUAAAAGAGAGAAGCCAGAGGAAACCUGUGCAGCUGUCAGACGAGGCUCAGCAAAGAAAAAAAUCCACCCAGUGCAAGUCAUGAGUGAAUUUAGAGGAAGGCAUGUCUACUGAACCCACUAUUCUACUCUAGUGUCUGUAUUACACAGUCUUGGCGAAACACCGUGCUUUAAUUUUACACUUAAUUAAUUCUGUAAGUUCACUAACUUUUAGAAUUUAAUGCACAAAUAAUGUAAAACACUGGAGACAACAUAUAUUUGGGAUCAUGUCAUUGUCAUGUCUGUCUGGCCAGCACCUAAUAAGUACGCAAUACAUGCUUGUUGAAUGAGUGAACCUUUUAGGUGUCAUCCAGCCUUUCCUGUCACACAGUAUCUUACAUUAGUUACCAAAUGAACACCGGGGGCGCAAGUGAGUCCUGUUCAUCUCUAAAAGCUUAAGUACACUCACCUUAUCAUUUUGAAUUAAAACAUGGACAUGAACUCUUGACUUGCUUUUCAAUGAAAGCAAAAAACUUCAUAAAAUAUUUCUCUAUAUUUUCUUUACCUGACCUAACCUGACAGACGUGUGUGAAUCUCCUGAUACCUAGAGACUGAAUUUUUUUUCAAUCUCUAGAUAUAUCUAUCAUCAAUUGAUUAGGCUAACAUCAGAAACUAACCAGGCUCAGCAGUCAAGUUCAGCCUUGAUUAUUAAUGAAGCAUUUUUUUAAACAUUAUAAAGAUUACAGUGAGUUUUGAUGCCACUAAUGCACCUUUUAAGUUUCCAUAGUGUUCAGCAGUUCUGCACAUCGAGGGUUAGGUUUAAAUGGGUCCACCAGAAUACAUAUAUGGAGGAAGAGUUACGACCCCUUGGGGCAAUGGGACACCUAACUCUAUUCUUGAGUGAGUUAUGGCAACGGAAGUAGAAGGAGUUCUGCGUGACUCUAACAAUCCAUUUGUAUUAGCUUGCAGUUGUAAUUAAAAGGGAGAGGCCAGUUUGAAAAACCUUUUGGAGUUGAGUAAAAUACAACUGCACAAAAUGUGUCAUUGAACUAGGAAGUAGAGGUAAUGGCAAAGAAGCUGAGGUGAUUUUAAUAACAUUAUUUAAAAUAAAAGUCAUUGAGGUUAUUUUAUAAUUCCAGUCACUGUACUCAUCCUUACCUAAGUUCAUGAAGGACUUCAUAAUAGUCUUAGGGUCUAGUGCAUUGCCCCUCCCCUGCUCUCUCCCAAUCUCUCUCUCUCUCCCUGCCCUGCCCCUCCCUCUUUGGAGGAGUUAAGUUUCAUUGUUUCUCACACAUGGAGCUCCCAUUCACAAGAUUACAAACAGGCAUUCCUUACUCUACUUUAUCAAAAUUAUACUAUAAUUGUAACUUCACUUCAUACAACAUUGCCAUUAAUGAGUUGUCUCAACAACUAUGUCAUCUUAGUUUGAUGAAGUAAAAUUCAAACAUGCAACAUCAGCUGAUACCAGGAGGACCAGUUUAGAUAAAAGAAUGUGUGAAACAUAGAAUGCAUAAAGUUGGAAGUAUGAUAUGUAUGGUACUUUGAGCAAAAUGGUGUAGGAAAAGGAUUUAUUUAGUAGAUCAUCAUCAAUUAUGUGGAAAGUGCUAACUUUUUAUUGUAAUGAAUUAUUUUAUUCUUCUAAAAUGCUGAGUUGCUUGGCUCAGCAUAUAAACAUCUUAGGAGGUGAAAGCCAUAUGUCCUCCCUGCCUUGCACUCUGUACUGGCCCACAGUAAUUAUUCAGGACAGGGUCCACUCCCUAAAAGAGAAAGCAGUGCAGAAAGGAACUAGGGACUCCAGAUAUUUCUAUUUUCCAGAACUAUCUAGAUAAUUAAAAGCAAAAAAAAGGGAGUUCCUUUUGUUGAAAUGCUACUCUCAUUUUCUUCCAAGAGUAGAUAUUACAAGAGUGACAUCUAUGACCAUACUUCUCUCAGACAGAAGUAUGAAUUUAUAACUUAGUUGAGAAAAUAGAUUUUAAAAAUAUCACUCAACUACUAGCUGUAUAUCUUAGUUCCUAAAGCCACAAGGUCAAGAAUCGUAAGUCUCACUUAGAAAAACUAAUGUCUGUGUGAUCCUAUGUUAGUUUUCCAUAGGUUGGAAUUUAGAAUCCAGGACUGAUGCCAAAAGAACAGAAAUACCUUGAAAUUAUACAAUUACCAAAUAACCUCUAUAUCUUAAAAAAAAUGACCCUUUACCCAGAAUGAGCUAUGAACAAGGCCUCUUCUUCAAAGUAGGUAGAAUUCCAGUGUAGCUCAAAGCAAAUAACUAUAAGUUAACAAAACUUAAUUAAAAAUACAACUUGGAGACUGUCCCAGGAGUAAAGUCCACUGUAGUAAUCAAAGAUGCACUAAGAACAAGAUGCAUAGAGCUGGAAAUGUUAUCUGUCCACCCGAGUGAAUUCCCUCAGUGCACAGCAUUUUGAGACUUAGUUCGAUUCAAACCACUAAUAAGGGCUUAUACGUGAAAAAAACUAGCAGCAAAUAUAUUAACAAAUGUUUGUGCUAAAAAGCAUAGUUAAACGAACCUCAUCAGAAAAUAUGAACGUACUAUGUAUAUUUAUAUGUAAGCCCUUCUUCUGUGGGGGAAUGGCAGAAAUUUCUAAAUGAGAGUGACAGGUUGGUGGCCCAUCCAUGCACCUUUUGAAACCACAUCACAGAUUGGUGCUUCUUCUGAUAAUACAUUUGCUUUCACUUGCUAAUCAAGAUUCACUUUUUUGUGUGUGUAUGAAAUCGGUUUAUGUUAAUUUAUGUAGGAAAAAAAAUCUCUGAGAGGGAGGAGAGGGCUUAUGCCACCUACAAGGAUAGUUCCACUCUUAGUCACCGACAUCGCAGUCAAACAACAGACUGGAAUCAAAAUGAUAACUUAAAAAAUAUCCGUGAAAUCAUAAUCCAGUAAAGAUUCUUUUAAUUAGAAAAACUGGAAGGUUUUUAUCAAACAAGAAGAAUGAGAAAUAUAAAUAUCUCCCUUUUCCUUAUCACAAGUGGAAAUAUUUGUUUCUAAUGGAAUUUCUGGGUACAACUCAAUGAAUGAGUCAGGAAAAGAAUUCAAACCCUAAAUUCCUAAGGUAAUUUGUUAAUGAUCCCCUUUCUGUUUAUCUUAGGACAUGAGUGACAAUAAUGAAUAUUAGAAAAUAUAAUAUUCUUAAUUAUGCCCUCUGGCCUUUUCAAAUCUCUUAAUUUAUCAAUAUCCAUAUAACAUAUGUGCCCCAUCAAAUGCCCUGUAUGUAAGGGUUAAGGACUCCAUAGUUACGCAGAAAGGCUCACUUUUUCAGUCUGGCAUUUUGGGCACACUUACCAGCUUCAAAGGAGGUCAGUUUUCAAGUCAUACUACAGCAAAAUAAAAUUAUGAACGUGGAGAUAAAUGCCCAAUUUGAGCCUCAGACCCAAUAAUUGGUGUUCCUCACAUUCAGUAUUGAGUGGCUGAAAAAAAUUAAUGUAUGACACCAGAGAAAAAAUUUUCAGUGGCUUUCUAACCUUUCAUUUUCAAGGUGGUCUUUUUAUCACCCAUCCCUGGGCUAAGGAUCCUUCUAUUAACUGCUGACAGUUCUCUCCCAGAUUGAUGCAGUCAAGGCUGCUCAUCCCAAUUAUGCCCAGUUAAUGUCCUUUUCUCUUGGUUCAUGUACCAAAAAUGCCCCUCUCCUAUCUCUCAUCUCUGUAGGUGUCUACCCCACAUAGUAAUUGAUUAAUAUAGUCUAUAGCAUUAAAAUGAUAAAUUUUAAUUCCCAGCAGUAUUAUUUCUUGCCCCCCAUCCUUUUUUUCUAAUCCAGAAAACAUUUUUACCCUUUUUGGUAUCAAGUGCACACUUCCUGAUAUGGAUGGAGGUUCCCAUGGAUACAGAUUUCUGUAGAGUGGCAGAAUGAGUGGAAUAAGAUCUGAGACUUUUCCCAGUGAUAUUUACCAUUCUCCAGUGAAUUCAUUGCAGAAUUGCUAUCCUCUUGCAGUACUAUCGUAAGUCAUUCUGUAGGUCAGCAAAGUAGGCACCAGAAUAUCAAGUCGAAUGAAAUCUGUACUUUGUUUUGUCAGCCUAUCUUUUGCCAAGACAGCCUGCCUAUUGCAUAUUUAGGAAUCAGAUAACCAUUUUUCUGUUUGGAUAAUCAGAAAUAUUUGUUUGACUUGACCAGAAAAUUUAGGGUCAUCCAGUUAAAAGAUUAUAACUUGCAUAUUAUUUCAAAAAUUCAAAUAAACUAGGAAAAUUUCUGCAACCUGAGAAAUUUCUAUUUCUAUUUCAUUUGUAUAUUACAUAUCCAGAAACAACACUUACUCAUAUGAAAACCCUGUAGCAUUUUUUUGUCAUAACUCUCUUUCCAUAUUGUUAUGAUACCUUUAGUAUUAGUAUUUGGCAUGUUACUACCAAAAAAAAAAAAAAACAGUGUUAAUGACAGAAGCAUCUACAUAUAAAAUUUUCAUUUUGGCCCCUUGGGUCUAUUAGGAAAGAAAAUGUGGACAUUAUUAAAACCAGGUGUAUGUAACUAAAGUUGUCUUAAUCAAGGCUAUAACACUAUCCUAUAUAUAUACAAGAGAGAAAAAAAGAUAAUUAAAAUUUUAAAUAUUUUUUGCCAUUUUUAAUCAAUUCACAUGAACGAGAGAUUUUUCUUUUAAAUCAAAAGAAACAAUAGUUUACAACAGUCAUCAUUUUACAUGUGAAUUUCUCCCCCUAUCAGCAUAGAUAGGAUCUAUUCCUGAACACUUCAAAAGAAGAUAAUUAAUACUAUUUGAGAGAACCAUUUCCAAACGGAACCCAACCUUCCCAGAAUCCUGUCUAUGGCAAUAGCUGGUUUGUAGGGCGGGCCUCUACGUAGAUCCUAGGAUGGGAUGUUUCAUGACUGCAAGCUGGCUUAUUGCAUCCAAAAGUCCCCAUUGGUUUUAUGGGAACAAAUCACUAGGACCGCCUUUCAAAAAGAGUUUGACAAGUUGGAGAGUAAAAGCAGCAUAUACGGAGGAGUUCUAAAGGGAUGUGAAUAAGAAAGUGACAGAGGCAGGAGAGGGAAUAAGAAAAGUCGUUGCAGAAGCAGAUAACUUAUAGCCAAAGGGAGGAGGAGUUUUUGGUUCUAUGAAGAUUAGGCAGCCUCCUGAGGAAUAUUUUAAGGAUAGAAUAGAGUACUUGUCUUUGGUGGUUUGGGUGAAGUCAUGGCAGAGGCAGGAGGAUGAACUAUGUAAUUUUUGGGGAUGAUUUAGUGAUAUUGUCUGCAAGAUGAGAAAUGGAAAUUCUAGGCUGCUGAGGGGUGAAAUUGUUCCCAAUAUCAGAGCUCCUUAGGAUAAUCACACGAUGUAUUUAACAAAUAUUUGUUGAGCAACUGUGACCUUCUUCUGGGCACUGCUCUAGGUUCUUAGGAUACACCAGGCAACAAAACGAACAGUGGUUCUAUCCCAUGUGCCAACUCUGCAUUAAAUGCUAUUACCUUAUUUAAUUCUCUUAAUAAUCCUAUGGGAUAAACAUUGUUACCUCCAUUCCAUAGAUAAGGAAACUGAGGCUAACACAGGGUAAGAAUCUUGCUUAAAAAAUCCAUUGUCUUUAAAAUUUCUUUUGUUGCACUCCAGAGUCUGAACUUUAGCCAUUAUACCAUCCAGACAUCCUGAAAAAAAGGAUUGGGUUUUUCAGUUUAGAAUGAAAUACACAUUUCAAAUGCUGGCUGCUCCUUGUAUAAGGGCAAAGAGAUGGAGACUUUAAAAAAUCAUCAUCAGUCUGUAACUACAGAUUUAAAGCAAAUAAAAGGCAGAAACAUAAGUAAUAGGUGCAUAUUCUCACCUCUAAUAAUCUGAAAUAGAGUACAGAGAUAUGAGGAAUGACUGUUUCAUCUAUAUGAUCUGAAAUAGGAUGAAGACCCUUGACAAAUUACUUUUACUAUUAUAGAGGAGACUUUGGUUUUGACCCAUCUUCAGCAUUGCUGGUUGGAAAACAUUUGUUGCCACCAUAUCUUUCCUAUUUCACUGCUAAUGUGUGCCUGUGUGUUUAAAGUUAUGGAUUCCAAGGGAUCAUUGUACAGGGAUUAUUGAAAUAAGAUAAAGUUUCUUUGUAUUCCAAACUGAUCCAAACUAUAGAAAAUGUAUGUUUCCUUCUUUAUGGAGGUCAUAAAUGUAUAUGGUAUGUAUGUGCCUUGUCUUCAGGUAAAUUUAGUCCUUUAACUCUAUGUGGUCCUUCUUCCUACAGCCAACUGAAGGCUGGACUCUUCUUUUAGCCCUGUUGUUGUUGGGAGUUAAAUGACUUUCUGAUAUUUCUUAAAGGGGACCCACAGGUAUUUCUUCAAACUGAGAAUGUGUUUAUUUGGAGUCUUCACUAUUGGGCUCCUGGCAGUCAUGAUGAUUCUUGUUCCCAACUGUAAGAAAAAGAAACUCUCAGGAAGGAAUUUCUCUUUGAAAAAGGCUCAGUUUUCUAACAAUCAUGUCUCGCAUUCUCUUCAAUGGAGGACAUUUACAAAAGCCACAUAAAUGGUAGUAGCAGAACAGUCCCGUGUUUUCCUUUCAAAUGAGCUAUUUUCUAGUUUUAAACUUUUCUUUCCUUUGCAUUUUCAAGAAGAAUGCUUAUUUUUAGUUCUGGUUAUUUGAACUUGAAGGUAUGUAGCAUCUAUUUAAACAUUUUAAAGCCCCCUUUCAAUAAUUACAUCAAUAAUUCAAAGACUGCAGAUAGCUUUUAUUUUCAAUUUAGACAACCAUGUAUUACACAGUGCCAAGCCAAACCUUGUCAGUCCCAUCAGUCAGUUUGUGAUCUUUGUGAAUUAUCUGAACCUCUCUGUGGUAUUCACCAAGAGUCUAACUUAGACAGAUAGGUUCUCUUAACCUACGCUUCUGACAUCAAAUUUGCACUGGAAUGUUUAUUAAUAAAGCAAAGGGGCAAGUCUGAGAUGUUAGUCCAUGCUCUCAGUUAGAACUUUCCUUCUUCCCGAGGCUUUAAACAUAAAAUUGAUUUUAAAAAUACCGUUAAAGAUAGUGUUCCAUUGCUUGCCAAAUCUUAGGCUUAUCUGUGUUUUUCUGUGUUGGUAUACAGUGCGUCCAUAGGGAUAUAAAUAUGAGAAUUGCACCAACUGUCUUACAGGGUUAGGCUGUGUGUCUUACUAGUUUUGAAAUUUUUCCUUGUGUGAUACAAUCCCUCCAAAGAAAAUGUCAUUGGACCUAAAUGUUAGCAUAAUGGUUUUUCUUCCAUAGCUGUGGCUAACCAGUCCCUGAAAACAGAAGUAGACAUAUGUUACACCCAAUUUAGUACCUAAUAGUUGGGACUUAAAAUUUUCUUGGGGAAGUUGCUGAUUAAAUAUUAGUUAAAAUUUCAUGAAAGAUCUCCAGUGCCCCUGCCUUCCAUUUUGAUUAUGUUUUAGUUUGAUCGUGACUUGGCCAAAAAAAACCCAAAAAACAAAAAACAAAAACCUCUUACUUUACCUUAUGUACUUUCACAAGCAGCAACUUUGGCAAUUUAAACUUAGUGACAUUUCUGAAGGUAAUAUGCACAUUAUAAUUCAAGAUGAAGGGCAGAUUUAGACUAAGAUUGUUUGAAGUGAAAUAAAAGGAAGCAAAAAUAAUAGUCAUGCUUAUUGCAGCAAUGUCUUGAGAGCUGAAGUUUAGUGGCAUUUGAGAUGUUUCAAACUAUCUUGUUUAUACAUCUUACCCUGCUGUUCAGAAGGCAGAGUGGGGUUGAAUGAACCACCAUAGUCAUGGCCAAUUUGAAGCAGUUUUAUGGUUUGAAUAUAGAUAAACUUUGGCAAAACCACAUGUGGAUCUUCCAGAUCCAUAUUUAUCCUUAAAGUCAAUUUCAGCAAUUAAGAAAAAUGAAUUAUUUAUCCAAGAACAGAAAAAGCUCUUUACUAUCCUCAUGACGUUGACACAGAAGCCCAAAUACUCCUUGUUUGAGAUUCUGCAUGCCUUUUGCGCUUCACUGAAUCAACGAAAUUUUUCUUUCAUUUUGUUCUCAAUUGAAUAAUUUCACACACGUAACAUUGGGUUUGUUUUGAAGUUAUGUAGCAGCAUUUGAAACGGUAUUUUAAUUUCAACUCAUGUCACUCUAUAGUUUAUUAAUAAUGUACUCAAUUGAUAAUUAAGCCAUGUUUGUUAAAGUAAUAAAAAUUUGUUAUGCAUUCGG